UCGCCGCGCGUCGCCAUGCGUCUCCCCCGCCACGCCGCCGGGGCUAUUUAUACCCCUCCGCUCGCCCUCGCCAUUCCUCAUCACAAGCGAAGCAGAGCACAAGAAGCACCGCACCUUCUUCAGCACCAGCUCCUGCUCGUGAUCAACAAGAUCAGCAUGUCUUGCUGCGGAGGCAACUGCGGGUGCGGCUCCGGCUGCAAGUGCAGCGGCGGAUGCAACGGCUGCAAGAUGUUCCCUGACGUGGAGGCUGCCUCCACCACCACCACCAUGGUCAUCGCCGCCGCCAGCAGCAAGGCGAGCUCCGGCGGGUUCGAGGCGGCCACCGAGAGCGGCGGCUGCGACUGCAACACCUGCAAGUGCGGCACCAGCUGCGGCUGCUCCUGCUGCAGCUGCAACUGAGGCGGCCAUGCGCCGCCGCCAUGGAGCACGAGGAGGAAAGGAGAAGCCCCCCGGCGUAGUAUAUAGUAGCAGCGUCUAAAUAAGAUCUUGCCAACUGCGCCAUCCAUCAUCUACCGUGUCGUAACAUUCAUGGUCGCCUGCCGUGUCUCAGCUGGGGUUGUCUGAACGUCUGGUGAUCGACGAUGCAUGCCGUUCGUCGAUCUCGUGUGUCCUCCUCGUGCAUGCCACCUUUAAUAUAUGUAUUUCAGCACUACCUGUGUGCCUGGUCCAA